AUUUUACCGCCAAACUGAGAUUUAAAUACGAAGAUAAUGUCCGAAUCCGAACACUGAGAGAAACGAAGUGAGAGGGCAUUGCAAUGGAAGAUGACGCCGUUUCACCCUCCGAUCCCAGCGAUUCGAGCGAAGAGUUCACCUAUGACGACGAAGAAGAUCUCAGCUACAAAUCUGACGACGAUGAUAACGAUGAUGAUGAACAAUCCACCGUCCGUUCAGCUCCACCAAAUGAAGAUCGAAAAUCGCAGAACGUGAUUGCUCUUCUAAGAGGCAAUAUUGUCGUCAAAAGACAGUCACUACUUCCACGAGUUUAUUCAGUAACAGAGACUGCAGCAAAUGUUAGAAAGCCCUUUAAACCUCCCAGUUCUAAUGGUUACAUCGACAAAAAUGAACAACUGGUUCGCCGUCUCUGGGCUCGAAAACGCUUUGUGCCCUGGGGAUCGACAAGGCCGGCAUUAGUUCCAAUUACAAAUCGGCUACAUGUUCCUGUUGAAGAAGAACCAUCAAAAGAGAUUGUGGACUUGCCCCAAGGGUUUGAACCUUUGGUGUUGUGGCAGCCGGAGGAUUUUGAAGAGGGAGACUGUAACGCAGUGUCGAUAGCUGUGGAACCUUUGCUUGUUAAUUUCCUGCGGCCCCAUCAAAGAGAAGGGGUUCAGUUCAUGUUUGAAUGCGUUUCAGGGUUAUGCAGUGGUGCCAAUAUCCAUGGAUGCAUUCUGGCUGAUGACAUGGGGUUGGGAAAGACAUUGCAGUCAAUCACAUUGUUGUAUACGCUUCUUCGUCAGGGAUUUGAUGGUAAACCAAUGGUUAAAAAAGCAAUAGUCGUCACUCCUACCAGUCUUGUCAGCAAUUGGGAGGCUGAAAUUAAGAAGUGGGUGGGGGAAAGACUUAAGCUUGUUGCUCUGUGUGAAAGCACUCGGGAUGACGUUGUCUCCGGCAUUGAUAGUUUUAUAAGUCCUCACAGUUUUUUACAGGUAUUGAUUGUUUCCUAUGAGACAUUUCGGAUGCAUUCAUCCAAAUUCAGUCAAAGUGGAUCGUGUGACCUUCUUAUAUGUGACGAGGCUCAUAGGCUGAAAAAUGAUCAGACAUUGACUAAUCGGGCAUUGGCUGCCGUAUCAUGCAAGCGACGCAUUCUGUUGUCUGGGACUCCAAUGCAAAAUGAUCUAGAAGAGUUCUAUGCAAUGGUUAAUUUUACCAAUCCAGGGAUCUUGGGUGAUGCUGCAAAUUUUCGGCGUCAUUAUGAGACACCCAUCAUUUGUGGUAGAGAACCUACUGCCACUGCAGAAGAGAAGAAGCUAGGUGCUGAGCGUUCUGCAGAACUAAGUGCAAAAGUAAAUCAGGUUAAACAAGCAAUUACUGAAGAGACAAAGAAAUCAAAAAUCUUAGCUUACAUAACAGCUUUAAAGAAGCUCUGCAACCAUCCAAAGCUGAUAUAUGACACAAUAAGAAGUGGGAAUCCAGGAACAUCAGCGUUUGAGGACUGUUUGCACAUUUUUCCUCCAGAAAUGUUCUCUGGAAGAUCUGGAUCAAGGACUGGUGGUGAUGGUCUUUGGGUUGAACUAUCAGGGAAAAUGCAUGUCUUAGCCCGCUUACUGGCACAGCUCCGUCAGAGAACAGAUGACCGAAUUGUCCUAGUCUCAAAUUACACACAGGGUCUCCACGGAUCUUGUCAAUUGUUUAUGGUCAGUGCUGUGAUUCACCAGACUCUGGACCUCUUCGCUCAAUUGUGUCGUGAAAGAAGAUAUCCGUUCUUAAGGCUUGAUGGAACUACUUCAAUUAGUAAAAGGCAAAAGUUGGUCAACCAUUUUAAUGAUCCAUCAAAGGAUGAGUUCGUGUUUCUCUUGAGCAGCAAGGCUGGAGGUUGUGGCCUCAAUUUGAUUGGUGGAAACCGACUGGUCUUGUUUGAUCCUGACUGGAACCCGGCAAAUGACAAACAAGCUGCUGCAAGGGUCUGGAGGGAUGGUCAGAAGAAGCGAGUAUACAUCUAUAGAUUUUUGAGUACUGGAACCAUUGAAGAAAAGGUGUACCAGCGUCAGAUGUCAAAGGAAGGGCUUCAAAAGGUUAUUCAGCAGGAACAGACAGAUUCUAAGACCCAGGGAAACUUUCUUUCAACAGAAGAUUUACGUGACCUGUUCACAUUUCAUGAUACUAUCAGAUCUGAAAUUCAUGAAAAGAUGAGUUGCAACCGUUGCCAAAACUAUGAGGUAAUGCUAGAUGAUCGGUUUGAGAAUAUAGAUGAGGUAGGGGAAAUUAAAUCAACAAAUGAAGACUGUCAGGCGGAUCAGGAGGAUAUAGGGGGAUUUGCGAGCAUGGCUGGGUGCUUGCAUAAGUUAAAAAGCUCAGAGAAACAGGUGGGAACCCCGAAAGAAGAAGAUUUAGGUAACUGGGGGCAUCAUUUUUCCCCACAUCAGUACCUGAUGCUAUUUUUCAAGCUUCAGCCGGAGAUGAGGUGUGCCGAGAAAUUAAAAAUUUCCAGUGAAGCUGGAUUUUUCUCAUUUUCACUUUCAGGGAGGAUGUCAAUUAAAAUUCAAAGCCAAGUCUCCUUUGCUUUCACUAAUCAAGUAGAUGGCAAGCUUGUGCCAGUUGAAUCAAAGGUAAGGCCAAUGGUAGAACUAGUUGAAGGAAACAAGAACCAAACCACUUCAAAGGAAAAUCUAACACGGAAAUUCAUGUUACCGUCUCAACGUCAACCCUCACUUCCAACAAUCUCUUCCCAUGGAAUUUCUAUUGGGGGCCCAUUUCCUGCUUCUUUCAAGCAUUUGCAAAGGCCGCUUACAAAAGUAACAGAAGGUAAAACUUAUGUAGCAUUGAAACCUGCACUCUCUAAAACUCAUGUAGCAUUGAAACCUAAACUCUCUCUUGCAAAUCAAUUACCCCAAAAAAGAUUGUCUCCUGACUGCGUCAGUGAUGAUGAUUUUCAGUAA